GUAUCUCUUCCGGCACCUCGACGGCUCGGGUGGCAUUGUCGUCGCCCCCGCACGCCUGGGCAUUGGUGUCUUGGCCGGGACAAUGCGAUGCAUAGGCUUUGCUUGCUUCAGCAUCUUCUGCGUGUUCUCCACUUUCUCGACGCUCAUGAUACAGGUGCCAGAAACUUCGGAUGCCGUGAGCGAAGAGGUUGCGCGCCCAAUGGUCGCGCGCUGGUUCGGCACAGAGAACAUUCAGCUGGUGACUGCGGCGCUUGCCAUCUUGUUUCUGAUCCUUUUUGGAAUGGGGCUCGCCAUGCCAGUGAUGAUCCUCUAUCUCGACUCGAACCUUUUGCUUCAGCCGAGAGGUCCCUUGGACCCAUCAAUGAAGCCCAUCAUCGACACGUUGCACAUCGAGGAUCUUGUCAACUCUGAGGUGACGAUUUUCUCGGCAACCUCAGCGCUUGCCGCGUACAUCGCUUCAGGUGAACUGAACGACAUUUUCGCUGUGGUGAUGCUGACUGUGUUCGUGAUGGCCCUGCCCAUCGCUAACAUGUUUUGCUUGCUUGGCGGGGCCUGGCAUCUGCGGUCAAAGGAGCCUGACACUGCGGCAGCCUGGCAGUUCCUUCGGCACUCGAAGUGGCUGAAGCACAUUUCCAUGCUCGAUGUGUUCAUUAUGGGAAUCAUCGUUGUCACUGCUGCUGGGAGCGCCUACUCACAGCAAGGAGUCCUGUUUGGAGUCAUGAUUGGCCUGUGGAUCCUGCUCCUGGCAGAGGCUACGCAUUACUUCACACACUACCAGGUGCAUGAUGUUUACAACUUUCUGGAGAAGAGAGAGAUCGAAGUGCCGGCCAGCAAAGUUCCAGCCUUUACUGAGGGCCUAGACAAGGUUCGUGCUUUUGAGCAGUCCUGGAGCAACAAAAGGGCUCCAGGUAGCACCCAGCUACUGGAAAGCAGUUCACCAUCGGCAAGCUUGCCGCAAGCGGCAGACAAGGAAACGACGCAGGCAGGGGGCGAGGAGCGUUCCAGGAAUUCACAGCGCAGAGUGGAUUUGAAAGCCUAUGUGCAGAAAAUGUACUUCGCGCUUUUGAGAGAAGGCUUGGAGCCCAACGAAGCAGCCGCGCUUGCAAUUCGUCAGGCCGCCCAAGCGGACGUGCAGAGAGACCCGCAGACCGCCACCGCCGAGAUCGCGCUGCCGGCCGCGCCACCGCCCCUGGCCGGCUCUCAGAGAUGCUCCUCAACGGCCCAGAAGCUGAAGCAAAGCCAGCAGAAGCCUGGAGAGCGUCAGGAGGAGGUCACAGUUUCCGCCUGA